CACUUGGGGUUAUCCCAGGCUCGUGGGUGGGGGUGGGGGGACUCCUCCCUUUACUUCCCUCCGCCCCCUUGCACACCCACCCCCAGGCUUCCCGUGUCCCUUGUUCUCCCCCUCUUCGGGUUAGAGAUAGGUGGGUGGCUUUGAGUGGGCGGAGGACUUCAGGGUUUUAGGGGCUCCCGCAUUCUAGGGCAUGCCUCUUGCCCUCUUCCUUGGCCUAUGUUGACUGAGGUGUGUUCUCGUGGUGUACAAAAAUCUGUACGAUGGUUGGUGGCAUUGGUCCUUAAUCCUUUGGGUCUGUUUUAAGAUUAAUUAAAAGAAGAAUGAACUAUAAUCCUUGAAGAUAACUGGGCAGUUUUUUAAGUCGGAGGCUCUUCUCACUGGUUUGAGGAUUUACACACGUCUUCGGUUUUCCAGCACAGACCAGCAGACCAUCAUUUUUAGAGGAAAUACUCCCUCUGCCCUCCUUUUCGGUUUCCUUGGUGGUAAAGAUUAAAUUUGGUUGCAUCAUUUUGAGUUGUGUUUGAGUCUAGAUUUUAUGGCCCAAGGAAUGGCAUAAACUUUUCAUGUGUUUUGCUUAAAACAAACCAAACCAUUGCAUUGAUCCUGGACAUCUUUAAUUGAGAAAUUGGUAACUUUAUUUUAAUAUGUAUAUCUGAAGAAUUCAAGAAAACAAAGGCAUUCUCAGAGGUGUGCCUCUUUAUUGUUAGAGGCAAAACGAACAGUUAUAUAGGACUUGCAGUGAAAUUAUACCAGAUUAUAUAAGGAGAACCAAAACUAAGUCGCAAAAUUUAUUUAUUUAAGGGAAUCUCUCUUUGAAAAGUUUCUUUGAGAGUAAGUUACUAUAAGCAUUUGUAUACAUUCAUUUCCUCUUUUUCAAAUAAGCAACUAAAUAGAAAUGCUAAUCUCAGAUUUAAUUAUUUAACAGAAGAGUAUAGGAUGGAAAACCUCCGGACAAAUUUCUCCUUGGUUCAGGGCUCAAAUAAAAAACUGAAUGGGAUGGGAGAUGAUGGCAGCCCCCCAGCGAAAAAAAUGGUAACAGACAUUAAUGCAAAUGGAAAAAUGAUAAACAAGGUGCCAACAGUUAAGAAGGAACACUUGGAUGACUAUGGAGAAGCGCCAGUGGAAACUGAUGGAGAGCAUGUCAAGCGAACCUGUGCUUCUGUUCCUGAAACUUUACAUUUAAAUCCCAGUUUGAAACACACACUGGCACAAUUCCAUUUAAGUAGUCAGAGCUCACUGGGUGGACCAGCAGCAUUUUCUGCUCGGCAUUCCCAAGAAAGCAUGUCGCCUACUGUAUUUCUGCCUCUUCCAUCACCUCAGGUUCUUCCUGGCCCAUUGCUCAUCCCUUCCGAUAGCUCCACAGAACUCACUCAGACUGUAUUGGAAGGGGAAUCUAUUUCUUGUUUUCAAGUUGGAGGAGAAAAGAGACUCUGUUUGCCCCAAGUCUUAAAUUCUGUUCUCCGAGAAUUUACACUCCAGCAAAUAAAUACAGUGUGUGAUGAAUUGUACAUAUAUUGUUCAAGGUGUACUUCAGACCAGCUUCAUAUCUUAAAGGUACUGGGCAUACUUCCAUUCAAUGCCCCAUCCUGUGGGCUGAUUACAUUAACUGAUGCACAAAGAUUAUGUAAUGCUUUAUUGCGGCCACGAACUUUUCCUCAAAAUGGUAGUGUACUUCCUGCUAAAAACUCAUUGGCCCAGUUAAAGGAAACUGGCAGUGCCUUUGAAGUGGAACAUGAAUGCCUGGGUAAAUGUCAGGGUCUGUUUGCACCCCAGUUUUAUGUUCAGCCUGAUGCUCCAUGUAUUCAGUGUCUGGAGUGUUGUGGAAUGUUUGCACCCCAGACGUUUGUGAUGCAUUCUCACAGAUCACCUGACAAAAGAACUUGCCACUGGGGCUUUGAAUCAGCUAAAUGGCAUUGCUAUCUUCAUGUGAACCAAAAAUACUUAGGAACACCUGAAGAAAAGAAACUGAAGAUAAUUUUAGAAGAAAUGAAGGAGAAGUUUAGCAUGAGAAGUGGAAAGAGAAAUCAAUCCAAGACAGAUGCACCAUCAGGAAUGGAAUUACAGUCGUGGUAUCCUGUUAUAAAGCAGGAAGGUGACCAUGUUUCUCAGACACAUUCAUUUUUACACCCCAGCUACUACUUAUACAUGUGUGAUAAAGUGGUUGCCCCAAAUGUGUCGCUUACUUCUGCUGUAUCCCAGUCUAAAGAGCUCACAAAGACAGAGUCAAGUAAGUCCAUAUCAAGACAGUCAGAGAAGCCUCACAGUAGUUGUAAACUUCAAAAAACAGUGUCUUAUCCAGAUGUCUCACUUGAGGAACAGGAGAAAAUGGAUUUAAAAACAAGUAGAGAAUUAUGUAGCCGUUUAGAUGCAUCAAUCUCAAAUAAUUCUACAAGUAAAAGGAAAUCUGAGUCUGCCACUUGCAAAUUAGUCAGAGACAUAAACCAAGUGGGAAUUGGCCUUGUUGCUGCUGCUUCAUCUCCUCUUCUUGUGAAAGAUGUCAUUUGUGAGGAUGAUAAGGGAAAAAUCAUGGAAGAUGUAAUGAGAACUUAUUUAAAACAACAGGAAAAACUAAACUUGAUUUUGCAAAAGAAGCAACAACUUCAGAUGGAAGUAAAAAUGUUGAGUAGUUCAAAAUCUAUGAAGGAACUCACUGAAGAACAGCAGAAUUUACAGAAAGAACUUGAAUCUUUGCAGAAUGAACAUGCUCAAAGAAUGGAAGAAUUUUAUGUUGAACAGAAAGACUUAGAGAAAAAAUUGGAGCAGAUAAUGAAGCAAAAAUGUACCUGUGACUCAAAUUUAGAAAAAGACAAAGAGGCUGAAUAUGCAGGACAGUUGGCAGAACUGAGACAGAGAUUGGACCAUGCUGAGGCCGAUAGGCAAGAACUCCAAGAUGAACUCAGACAGGAACGGGAAGCAAGACAGAAGUUAGAGAUGAUGAUAAAAGAGCUAAAGCUGCAAAUUCUGAAAUCAUCAAAGACUGCUAAAGAAUAGAAACUGUUAAAGAGAUUGAUCUGUGUAUUAUUGACAAGUUUUUUUUUGUUUGUUGCUUGCUUUGGUAAUUGAAUUCUGAAGAACUUAUCUGCAUGAAGAUAACUAGGCAUUCUAUCCAUUUGUAGAUCAGAGAAAGUGAAGAGAUUAUAUAUUAGUACUUAAAUUUUUACAUUUUCCAAAUGAAUGAAAAUGUAUGUUUCUUUGUACUUUUUUUAAAAAACCAGCUUAGUAACAAUACCAUAUGGUUUCAACUAGUAGGUAAUCUGCUUAUAUUUCUAAUGCAAACUUAACAAUUGUGUACUUUUUAAAAAGCUGCAGUAUGUGAUGGAAAAUAACUGUGGUCAAUUUUGUUAUCCAUAUUUCAGACUCAAUUUUAGAUACAAUGUGGCUUUAUAUUUUAAGUAUAUAGAGCUACUCAAGGAGUUGAAUCUCCCCUUUUCUCAUUAACAUGAUUUUUCUAAGUUGAUACAGUAUACUCAUUAACAUACAUCAAAUUUACUUUUACUUGGUUCAGAUUGUGGAAUGAAUUUCCACCAGUUCUCUUCUUUUUAAUGUGUAUCCUAGGAGAAAUUUUAUUGAGGUUAUAGCAUACCCCAUGAGCACAGUGGGGAAGAAUAAUGUGUUAUUAUGCACUGCUGCUAAACAGAAGAAGCAGUUGUAGUUUGUUUUUCAGUUUAAAUGUGGUUAUAUUUAGAUUUUUUUUUAAGCAGCAACUUUUCAAAAAUAAAAUAAUAAUUUCUGAA